UAACAAUGCUUUCUGAUAACGAAUCCGUAAAUAGUUCGCACGAUGGUGAUAUACCAAGCGAAGAAGAAGAAACACAAAACGACGCUCCCCUUGAAAACGAAGCCCCAGAAGGAGAGGCCCAAGAAGCUCCGGACGAUGACAAGUCCAAAAAAGUAGUAAAACCGAAGAGAAUUUUGAAAUAUCCUCGCCCGAAAUUCGACGAACACACACUGAAAACUCCAAAAGGCUUGCAGGCCAUCAAAGGCCACUUCCAAGACUUCGAACCGAAAGGCAAAGGCUACGAAGACAAGGAUUUAAAUGCCAUUAUAAAACGUUACGAAUAUUGGUGCCACAGAUUAUAUCCUAAAUUUACUUUCGACGAUACCAUCGAACGAUUAGAAGUGCUCGGAAACCGGAAAGCUACAACAACUUACUUGACUCGCAUUAGAAUGGGUUUGGAGAGUUCCGUGGAAGAGGAGAAGGCUCUGCUGAGCGAUGAUGAAGCAUUGAAUUCGGAGUCUCUCGAUGAUCAAUUCGACAAAGUGGCCUCUGAUAAAGACGAUCCGCAGCUAACCGAAGAGCAGUUGAGGAUAAUAGAGGAAAGUAGGAAGAGGGCGUUGGAAUUGAGGAAAGCUAAGAUGUCGAAGGUUAACGAUUCGGUGGUUAGCGAAAUUUUGAAUGAAACCGGAACGGACGAAAAUGAAGAAAUGGAUUUGGAUAAUAUGCUAAAAAUGGUCAAUGACGAUUCGAACGGAAAUAGCGAAGAAGUGAUUGCGAAUGCGAGGUUAUCUCAAACAAAUUCUGUUACUGCUGGCACUAACGAAGGCCAUUUGAACGAAAAUAGUGAUAUUACUCAUAAAAAACCGGUUUUAUUCGAUGAUGACAGUAAUAGUUCAGAUGCUUUGAUCAUAGAUACAACUCGAGUGUCGAAUGACUCAUUUAGAAAUCUAAAUACGGAAGAUACCAGUGACAGUAAUAGUCCGGAAAAAUUCAAUGAAAAUGCGGAGAGUGAUGAAGAAAUCGUUUCGGCCAAGGGAAAAAGGAAAAGGGCUGUAAUUGAAAGUGAUUCAGAUGAUUGAGGCCUUAAUGUUUGCUUCAUUGUUAAAGGUAGCAUUGCUAUUGUAAAAUUAUUUUUUUAACAAUUAGGAAUAUAAGAUUCAAAAUGCCUACGAUAUAUACGAUUAUGUUAUUUUUAAAUAUUAAUAAAAAAAAUUA